AUGGCUGAUAAAAUCAGGCAAAAAAUUAUUGACGAAAUAAAAACAGUUAAGUAUUAUUCGAUAAUAGUAGAUAGUAGUCCCGAUAUUUCACACGUAGACCAACUAUCCUUCGUUAUUCGUUAUGUUCAAGAAAACGGCGUGCCAAUAGAACGAUUUCUUCAAUUUCUUCCAAACACUGGUCAUAAAGCUAUUGAGUUAUUUGAUUCAGUUAUAAAGCUUCUUAAUUCUUACGAAAUAGAAAUAGAAAAUUGCCGAGGUCAGUCCUAUGACAAUGCCCGAAACAUGUCAGGAAUAUAUUCAGGACUACAGGCAAGGAUUAAAGAGUUAAAUCCUUUAAUUGAAUAUGUACCUUGUUCCGCCCACUCGCUGAAUUUAGAAAUAUUGAAAACCCAAUUAAAAAAUAAUCCUGAGUCAAAAACAGUGAAAACAUUAUCAAACACAAGAUGGUCUUCUCGUGAUGAUGCAUGUAAAAGUCUGAAUAGUUCUUGGAAUGAAAUACGUAAUGCACUGAUAUCAAUAACAAACAAUUUAACAGAAAAGGCAACCACGAUAAAUGAAGCUCGUAGUAUACUUAACAAACUGGAUAGCUUGGAAACGGCGUUUAUGACAGUAAAUCCAAUUAUAUUCAAUGAGUAUGAAAACAAAGCAAAACUUUUAUCAGUUGUAAAAAAUAUAAAAAAUCAAGAAAUAGAGUACGAAAAUCUUUCCAUGAUGAAACUCGUAAUCAAGAGCAAGAAAGAUAGACGAGCAGCGUAUUUCCUUUUUAAUUCGCGUUUUUCUUUUCUUGGCAAAUUAACAGAGUAUAGUGUGGAUGAAAUUAUGGAAUUUGCAAAAAAUUUACAAAAUGUUUACAAGGAAGAUCUUGAAGAGGAUUUUCCAAAUGAAUGUAUUCAUCUUCAAGCCCACCUUAAAAACAAAGAUAAGAUGUCAAUCCUUCAAUUGUGUAAAUGGCUUAAAGAAUAUGGGUUUUACGAAAUUAUACUAAGGACAGAAUUAACAUUUUUAAUGGAUGGUACGUUUGCUCCAUCAUUUAACCGCGAGUGUCAAGAGCUAUAUGUUAUAAUGGGUAUAACCUCUGAUUUUUCAUUAGCAUUUGCAUUGAUGUCAAGACAGACAGUGAAAGCGUAUGAUGCUUUAUUUAAAAGAUUGUUAAAAAUUGAGCUACAAUGGAAACUGCAAACAGUUAUAGAAAAUUUUGAAAGUGCAGCAAGAUAA